GUGAAGUCAGUGAUGGAGGGAGAUUCUGUUACUCUACACACUCAUAUUAAAUUACAGAAAGAUGAUCUGAUCGAGUGGAGUUUUGGACCUGAAGGGUCUCUCAUAGCUGAAAUCAAUGAAGGAGCAAAUAAGAUGUCAAUAUAUGCUGAUGUUCUUGAUGGGAGAUUCAGAGACAGACUGCAGGUGAAUAAUCUGACUGGAGAUCUCACCAUCAAAAACAUCACAACUCAACACACUGGACUUUAUCAAGUAACCAUCACCAGAGGGAAGAUCUCAUCACCCAGAUUCAAUGUUACUGUCUAUGCUUGUCUGCCCGUUCCUGUCAUCACCAGAGACUCUUCACAAUGUUCAUCAUGUGUGUUAUUGUGUUCAGUGAUAAAUGUGACAGAUGUGAGUCUGUCCUGGUACAAAGGAAACAGUAUAUUGUCCAUCAUCAGUGUGUCUGAUCUCAACAUCAGACUCUCUCUACCUCUGGAGGUUGAAUAUCAGGAUACAAACACAUACAGAUGUGUACUCAACAAUACCAUCACAAACCAAACUCAACAUCUCAACAUCACUCAUCUCUGUCAGACGUGUUCAGAUACAACAGAUCUCACCUUCAUUCUUAUCUGUUCUGCUGUUGGAUGUCUGAUGAUUGUCACUUCAGUUCUGAUCUUCUGGAUCUACAGGAAACACACAAAAACACAGCAACACGUUCAAACCAAUGAAGAGGAAAUCACUUAUGCAGAUCCAACAUUCUGUAAAAGAGCAGCACAUAAACCGAGAUCUGCAGUAGAGGAUGAUGUGGUGUAUGCAGGAGUGAAGAGAUGA